GUGAAAAUGGCUUCACUAUCGGUAGAAGAUCUUUGUUGUCCAGUGUGCUGUGAAAUCUUUAAGAAUCCAGUUUUUUUGUCAUGUAGUCACAGCGUCUGUAAAGAGUGUCUUCAACAGUUCUGGAGAAUCAAGAAAACUCAGGAGUGUCCUGUCUGCAGGAGAAGAUUCUUAAAAUACGAUCCUCCAGUUAAUCUUGCAUUAAAAAACUUGUGCGAGUCAUUACUGAAGGAGAGAAAUGAGAGUCAUUCAUCAGGAUCUGAGGAGAUCUGCAGCUUACACAAUGAGAAACUCAAACUCUUCUGUCAAGAGGACAUACAGCCAUUGUGUGUAGUGUGUAUUAAUUCACGAAAACAUGACAAUCAUAAAUUCAGACCCAUCAGUGAAGUGGUUUCAUCAUAUAAGGAGGAGCUCAAUACAGCACUGCAGUCCUUACAGGACAAACUCAAACACAAAGAAAAUAUUAAAAGAGAAUUUGAGAAAACAGUACAACAAAUCAAGUCUCAAGCUGAGCACACAGAGCAACAGAUUAAACAGCAGUUUGAGAAGCUUCAUCAGUUUCUCAGAGAUGAAGAAGAAGCUACAAUCACUGCACUGAGAAAGGAAGAGGAGCAGAAAAAGCAGAUAAUGAAGGAGAAGCUGGAGGAGAUGAACAGACACAUCUCAGCUCUUUCAGACACAAUCAAAGACACGGAGGAGCUGAUGAAAGUCAAUGACGUCUGCUUUCUAAAGGAGUUUCCAGUCUCAAUGGAAAGAGUCCAGAUUUCACAGCCGGAUCCACAGAUGCCUUCUGGAGCUUUGAUUGAUGUGCCACGUUACUUGGACAACCUGCCCUUUAGAGUCUGGAAGAAGAUGCAGGACAUCGUCCAGAACAUGUCAGAAGGAGAGGGGAAGACCAAACUGCAGAUUCCAGUCAUCAAAAACGGUGCUAAUGAUGAACCAGAAACUCCUGAUGUGAGUCUCUUAUCUAGACAAAUUGGUUUGGGUCAAAUUUGUGUUGAGAAGAGUGCAGCUGCAAGCACGAUAUUGGGACAGAAAGAGUCCGGAUCCAUUAAUAGAAUGAACUCUGUAACAACCCAAUGUUCAGAUCUCUAUGCCACUGUUUCAGGCAGAUCUGUGUCUGUAGUUGAUACUCCUGGAUUCUUCGACAAACAGAUGAAACAUGAAGAGUUCAUGACAGGGAGAAAUGUUUAUUUACCCAGUCCUGGACCACACACUUUUCUCGUUGUUUUCAGAUUAGAUGACAGAUUCACGAAGGAGGAGCAGCAGAUUCCUCAAAAGACGGAAGAUGGUCAGGGAGAAUUAAAAUGCUCAAUAUUUUUUUUUACUCAUGGACAACUGGUAGGAGGGUCAAUAGAGAAACUUAUUGACAGCUAUCCCGCAUUAAGACGUCUAGUUGAUGAGUGUGGAGGCAGAUUUCAUGUCUUCAACAAUAAAGAUGAGAAAAACAGAGAGCAGGUAAAUGAUCUACUGCAGGAGAUUAACACAAUGAUAGAACAGAAUGGAGGAAGACAUUACAGUAAUCAGAGGUUUGAAGAUGCUCAGAGAUUCAGACAAGAAGAAGAAAGAAGCCAGAGAGAGGAAGAGAAGAGAAAACAACAAGAGGAGGAACAAAGACAAGAGGAGACUAAUAGAGAUAAGAGACAAAAAAGGACAGAGCAAAGAAUCAGAGCAGAGUUAAAUACACAGAGAUUUGAACAAGACAGACUUAAAGCAGAGAGACAGAGCGAGCGUGAACAGCAAGUGAAAACACUAAGGCUAGAGAACAGUGGAAAAAUCAGAGCAGAGAAAGAAACAAGCAGUGUAUUUAUACGUUUUUUUAACAAGCAUUGGUGUUGGUUUUUUGGUGCUGCCUGGCCUGGAUUUUUCAUAAUUUCACCUCUCAUAGCACUUCCCCAUAUGAGUGAUGCUCUUCAUAAUGGAGCUUCUAUUGGAGGUGUUGUAUUUGUUCUUGUUAAAUAUUUGGUUAUAGGAACUGUUGCUUCUACAGCAGUUCUAGGAACAGUUUUUGGAGCUAUUGCUGAAGCUGUUGAAGCUGCUUUUGGAGCCUUAGAUUAGGGUAAGAAGGUCAACAGAGAAGA